AUGGAGACCCCUCGGGUCAGGGAGCAUGGGGACCUGUGCACGUACCCAGGGAUUCCACCACAUUGCCGGUUCUCACCGCAGGAUGGUCCCAGGCUGCAGGCCUGGCUGCGGCACACGGGCCACGAACACCGGGUAGCCAGCUGCCUCAGUGCUCAUACAGGAAGCGUUUCACACCCUGCUGCUUGCGGCGGUGAUGGGAAGUUCACUACCUGCAGCCUGAUGUGGCAGCCUCCACCUUCUCCAGGGCAUCAAGAGACAGGUGAGGAGGUCCCCUGUAGAGGCUGGGCCCCGUCCUUGCCCACCUGGGGAAUACCCAUAGAACUCAGACUUCAGCCCCCUGCCCCCCAGAGGGCCAAGGCCUGGAGUCCCCGAUCAGCACCCACAAGCUGGCUGAAGUCUACUCUUGGGGCACUGCAACAGCGAGUUCCCGGGUUGCAGAGGCACCAGGCACAGCUGCGAGCUCUGGAACAGCUGGCGCAGCAGCUGCACAGGGAGAGCCUGCUGUCCCAGCUACUUGGACCUGAGGAAUCUCAAACCUUCUCCACCAUCUGCGGAAGGCCUGACACAGCCACGGUCCUUGCCCAAGGCCCUAUAUCUGCCACCUUGGAUGCUAAGCCGAAGCCGCCGGCCACUCAGAUACCGAGUGCGGAACGGUCAGAGUGACAAUGCUGAGAGACAGAGACAGAAGAUGGAAGGAGAGUUAUCAUCACACUAGGCACUGGCCCGGCAUGUGGUCCUCACCCGGGGAGGAUGUCACACUUGAGCUCUGUAUGUGACCUUGGCCUAAGUCGGCCUGCAUGCAGCCCUCGUUCCUGGACGGCCCACAUCCUCUGGACCACAUGCCCUGCCACCCCAACACAAACCUCGGCAGUCAGUAAAACAAGCCCUGAGCACAGCAAAGGUCAUGUGCUUCAAGGGGUGCUGUGCCAAGCCUGCUGUGGGGUUGGGGACACAGCAGUGAGCACUGCCCCAAACCAUCACCUUUGAGUCCAAGCGUCUGCUUGAGUAGAAGGUAACUAGUAAACCAAUAAACCAGAUGGCUUCCGACUGAUAAAAAGGUGUGACAGGCAGCAGGGUGCCUCUGGCAUCUGGGUGGAGGGAGAGCCUGUCUGGAGGGUCAGCGAAAGAAUGACUGCCAAGGCCCCACCGCGUAGGUCAUGAGGGUGAUGGCGGCAGUACUGCUCUAUCGAAAACCUGGGGGGUCGGGGCAGCGUUUGUAAAGGAGAGGAAGGAUGUCAUCGAAAAGGUUAAGAGGGAAGAGGAGGAGCCACACAGGUGUCUGGGGGAAGAGGCCCCCCGGCAGGAGAGUGAGGCUGCAGUGUGGGCAGUGAACUGAGGAGAGAAGGGAAAGGCAAAGGUGGAGAGGUGACAGGGCCACUGUGGGCUACGGUGGACCAGUGGGCGUCUGUGGGUGGUAGUGUAGGUGGAGGAGGAAGGGGUUGUGGUUGGUUCUUGCUAUGUGGCCCAGG